UGGCGCGUGCGCGUAAUGAGGCAGCUGCUCUGCGCAAACCCCUCUCCCCAGCAGGCUGCGGCUGGCGGAGCUGUAGGCGCCGGAAGCGGGUGGGCCCGUUUGCUUUCGGACUGUGAUGCCCGCAAAACAUCUGUCUGUGCUGGAGCAGCCAUGGCUGCCAUUGAGCCCGAAACUGUGAGACGGCUCCUGGAUCAAUUUAUUUGCUCGAUCUGCCAGGAUUACUUUACAGACCCGGUGAUUACAAACUGUGGCCACAACUUCUGCCGAGUCUGUAUCAGUCAGUGCUGGGACAAGUGUGAACCCGUCUGCCCUGAGUGCAGGGGCGCCUGUUCGGAGAGGGAGCUAGUCCCUAAUGCGCAGUUGGGAUGUGCUGCCCAAGAGGCCAAAGGGCUGUACUCCGCAGCCCCGGGAACACCAGCCACAGACGAUGGAGUCUGUCAAACACACAAGGAGGCGUUCAGAUUCUUCUGUGAAGAGGAUCAGAUUCCAAUCUGUGCGGUUUGCAGAGAGUCCCAGGCUCACAAAGCUCACACUGUACUUCGCGCGGAGGAUGCUGCUCAGGAUCACAAGGCUAACAUAAGGCCCAAGACCAAGAGCAGGUGUGAUGAAGAGAAGGAGAAUUUUCUGAAACCAAGCAAAACGAAAGCAUACAAGCCAGAUCUCCAGCUGGGUAACUACAGGAUCCCUAAAGAAAGAGUUUAUCAAGGGUGCAUCGUAGUCCUCGUGCUAGCAAUUCUCGCUAGUGUUUUUAUUGGAGUGGGAAGAUCUAACUCACCUCUGGCUGCCAAAGAACCCGACGCCCCCAACUGCCCAGACAGCUGGGUCGGGUACCUGGGGAAGUGUUACUAUUUCUCAGCGACCGAAGGGAACUGGACCUACAGCCAGAACCACUGCUCUUCACUUAACGCCUCCCUGGCUGUGACUGACACUUUUCAGGACCUGGUUUUCAUGUUACGAUAUAAAGGCCUCUUUGACCACUGGAUUGGUCUCUGGAGAAAUCAAGAAGAGCAGCCCUGGAAAUGGCCCAAUGGCACUGAAUUCAACAACCUGUUUGAAAUCCAAGGAGAAGGUGACUGUGUUUAUCUGAGCAAUAACUAUGCCAGAAUUGUCAGUUGCGGCUUAGAGAGACGCUGGAUCUGCAGCAAACGGGAUGGAUAUACUGCGAGAAAGCAAAAUGCCCCGCACAGGAACUCGAAGUUUUAACAGCACUGAAAAGUGAUCUGUAAAGGGGGAAAAAAUAGAGCUUGUUUGUGCCCUUUACUGUAUCUCUGUGAUGUAUAAAGAGAACCCCUUCCUUUCCUUAAAAAAAAAAUAUCUAUUCUGAUUAUUUUUAGCGGGAAGAAUAUCAGGAACACUGACAUUUUCAAGACAGAGCCAGCGUUUUACCCCAUGUUGAGCCCUGUAACUUGUGUUUGGUUAAAGCGUCUUUACAAAAGCAUCAUGCAAAUAAUCCAUAACAACAGCCCCAAAGCUAGUUAUCACUCCAGUGCAUACAAUCUUUAUAAUCCCAUGACAUAUAGCACAUACCACACUCCAGCAUCUUCCACUACACCUGGGUUUGUCCAUCUGCCACACCAACCACCUCAGCCCUUCUACUCGGAGUACAACCCUGCUCUUUCCAGCGGGAAGGAACCUUCACAGCCUCUCUGCUGGGAAUUCAUCCUUGCCAGGAGAUAGGGUGACCAGACAGCAAGUGUGAAAAAUCAGGAGGGGGAGGGUGGUAAUAGGUGCCUAUGUAAGAAAAAGCCCCAAAAAUUGGGACUGUCUGUCCUGUACUGGUCUGUGAGAGACCUUGGGAGACAGGCCAGUCCUCGCUUACAGACAGCCCCCCAACCUGAAGCAAAUACUCACCAGCAACUACACGCCACACCACAAAAACACUAACUCAGGAACUAAUCCCUGUAGCAAACCUUGUUGCCGCCUCUGUCCCCAGAUCUACUCUAGUGACACCAUCAGAGGACCCAACCACACCAUCAGAGGCUCAUUCACCUGCACAUCUAUCAAUGUGAUAUAUGCCAUCAUGUGUCAGCAAUGCCCCUCUGCCUUGUACAUUGGCCAAACCAGACAGUCCCUACGUAAAAGAAUAAAUGGACACAAAUCGAACAUCAGGAAUGGUAACAGACAAAAGCCAGUCGGAGAACACUACAAUCUCCCUGGACAUUCUAUAACAGAUUUAAAAGUAGCUACACUUGAAUAAAAAAAACUUCAGAAACAGACUUCAGAGAGGAACAGCAGAACUAAAAUUCAUUUGCAAA